AUGGCCUCGCAUCGCGUGAUCAAAUCCCUAUCGGACCCCCUGGUGGCAGAGCUACUAGGACUAGCGAAUGAGAGUGCUCGGAGGGUGGAGAGUAAACUGUGUGUGGUAUCGGGCAAGAAGCUGCUCAACGAGUUGGCGGAAAAAGUCGCCAAUAUGCGAUCCUAUCAGCACAACAUGUUGGGGACUAUACGCAUGCCUCAACCAUUGGAGAAACCUCCUGAUACUACCAAACUAUUGCUGAUAUUAGAUGGUGUUAUCGAUGCGGGUCAGCUCGGAACGAUAUUGCGUUCCGCGUUCGCGUUGAAGUGGCAUUCAAUAUGGUUCCUGCCAAGAACGAAUGCUGAUCCGUUUGAUCACAAGGCCAUAAGAAGCAGUCAGGGCGCAUUGUGGCACAUGCCCUUCUCGUAUGGUAAACUUGAUCGGCUCGAGAGGUUUAUCGAGGAGAGCUCGCUCUUCCCCGCAGUACUUGAUACUAAAGGGCCGCUUAUUGGUGGCGAUGGAGACAUUUUCACGACUAAUUCACCGAGCACAAACGGCAUAGCCUUGCUGAUCAGAGGGCCGCAUGCAGGGCUUGCGACGCCCCCUAAGUCGUUCAAUCGAGUGCGUCUAAGCGACGCCGGCGGACGAAUGAACUUGACCGAGGCUGAUCUGGGUAUGGUCGCGAGUGUUGCUCUGCAUGAGAUCAAGAACAACUACUUCCAACAUGUCUCAGCAUCGCCUUUCGUUGCUUCCCCCGAGGCCCCACGGGAGGGAUCUAAAUACGCCCAUCACUUCGAUGCUCGAGGGAGGGCCAGGAGCCGGCGAGUUCUCGAGAGGCAGCAGGCUGCUCGGCGGACCGACCGUUUCCGAACAGGAAAGACGACCUAAUACGUUUCUGGUGAA